AUGAUCACAUUACCUCCCCGGCUCUCUGCAGUCUCACUGCUCACGACACUCCUUCUCUUGACACUGACUGUGCUCACACCGCGCUCUGUCUCCGCCGCAGCGCUGACGACGUUGGUGGAACCGCACGAGCACGCAUGCUUCUACGCCUGGGUCGACGCCGCAGGCGAAAAGGUCGGUUUCUAUUUCGCCGUCCAGUCCGGCGGCCACUUUGACAUCGACUUCGCCGUCCACGACCCGGACAACAAACUCAUCGUCGCCGGCCACAAGGAGCGCCAGCUGGACAUCAUCUUCACGGGCAACACAGUGGGCGAGUACUCGUUCUGCUUCGAAAACGCCAUGUCCACCAUCGCCGAGAAGCUCAUCGACUUUGACAUUACUGUCGAGAGCGAACCGCGGCUGGACCUGCCCAUCCAGCCCGCCAAGCUGCUGAAGGAACACAGCGCGCCGCUGGAGGAGGGCAUUGGGAAUAUAGCCGACAAGCUCACGCAGAUCGCAAGGACGCAGCGAUACUUCCGCGUGCGAGAGAACAGGAACUUUGACACAGUCAGGAGCACCCAGAGCAAGAUCUUCUGGUACAGUGUCGUCGAGAGCGUCACCAUGGUCGGUAUUAGUGUCGCCCAGGUGUACAUCGUCAGGGCGUUGUUCGAGAAGGGCAGCACCAAGAGGUAUCGCGUGUAA